CUUGGGGUUAUUGGUGCUGUAUUUGUUGGGUUUGUCUUUCAUAAGCCUGUCUAUAAGUUUGAUGAGUUGUCGGGGGAUGAGCAGGUAUUGGUCAUGAACUCUACGGUUGUCUAUAAAAAUGUUGAUGUUAGGUUCAAGGAUUUAUUUGCUGAUGGGUCAGUUGCUUAUGAGAAGCUUACAUCUGAUCAUAUUAGUCAGUUUCUGGAAGGGAUGAAGCUUGACUUUGAGGAUCCUUAUUUGCACUACCUAGACGAGCUUGUCAUCCAUGAUUGGGGGAAUCUGACGGAUAAGUUGAGGGAUAAAUUCUUAACCUCAAACUUUACAUUUCAAAAUGAGAGCGUCAGGUUUAUGGACCUUCAUGGACAUGCUGUUAGUUCCUUUAAAGUUCUGUCAUCUCAGAAUAUUGUUGAUGUGCUGGAUGGCAAGCAGCUGUUGGUCAAUAAAAUGAUUGAGAAUCGGACGGAAUUUUAUGUCGAGAGGAUUUUUUGGAAUGAAGACAUUCUUGAUAUUUACGGGCUGUACACAAAAGGGAACUUCAAGGUUAGUGACUGGGAGAAGGAGGAAAAGUUUAGGGAAUUUUAUGAUCAAUUUGUUGGACAGAACUUCAGUGACUAUAUCCAAAAGAUUGGUGAAUCUAAGAGAUUUGCUCAGUUGAGGUUAUUUUUUGUGUCCAGGUCUGAUAACUCCUUCGAUGUCCUCCUUAAUUUCUCAUCAUUCCACGACAACUUCGAGACAAUCCUCAAAUCCUCAGAAUCCAAAAAAAUCUUCAUCCUGUCUUCAGAAGCUGGAACCGGUAAAACCAUAAAUUUUGAGCAAUUUGCCAUGAGAAUCAAGAGGAAGUACCCAACUAAAUGGGUAUCCUACAUCGACCUUAAAGACUACACAAAGCUAUAUUCAGAAAAUGACACAGUUAAGGAUGUUGAGGCUCUCCUGUUCAACAUCCUAGACUUAACCUCAAAAUCACUUUUCGAACAAUCAAUCUUCCAUGAACUUUACAAUUCAGGCUCAGUUGUGCUGCUUUGGAAUGGAUUUGAUGAAAUAUCACCGGCCUACAAUAAAUUUAUACUUGACACAUUUGUGGCUAUCCAAAACAGCACAUCUAAUGUCCAAUUUAUAUGCACAAGACCACUUUAUAGCCAACAGCUUGUAGAAGCUAUGAAGGUCCUUCCAUACACACUUGUGUCAUUUAGUAAAGACCAGCAAGAAGAGUUUCUCAGGAAGUUCUUUAUGUCCAGAAAUAUUGAGGAUAUUCACAUCCAUAGCUACAUCAAUAAAACCUUAAAGAUCGUAAAAUCCUUAAAAGCUAAGACUUCAAUAGCCAAAACAACAGAAGACUUUAACACGCCACUUAUGCUGGAAAUGAUCGCUGACUUAAUCUCAGACAAUGCCGACAUCUUUGAGUCCGAAAAUCUUUACGAAAUUUACCGAAAGUUCGUCAAGAAAAAGAUUGAAAUUUGGCGCAAAAAGAGCGAGUUUGCCUACAAGUUUCUCGGCGAUUCAGUGACUGAAUAUCGGAAAUUUGACAUGCUCGAGAUGUACCAAAUGUUUGCCUUAAAAAGUGAGCUCAGAUCCAUCAGCCCAUUCACACACUUAACAGCCGGAAAACUCAAAAUCAUGCGACAAAAAGUCCCAAAGGAACUGACGAGCGUCGAGAUCUCCAGGAUGGGAAUUUUGUACAUUAACGGUCAAAAUGAAUUUAAAUUUUCCCACAAAACUUUUGCUGAAUUUUUUGUUGCUCAAUUUUUUAUUGAGAAUAUUUACAAUGCUGAGGUUGUGGACGGCGAGGAUGCUCUGGUGUUGUUCCACAAUUUCGAGUAUGUGACUGAAUAUUAUGGACUUGAUCAGCUGAUGACUACGAAUUUUAUGAUUUCAUAUCUACAGACACAAGAUGGAGUUGCUAGCGACGGAUUUGAGCCGAAAAUUGUUGAAAUUUUUAAGAAAAAAUUUAAAAGAAUUUUUUUCAAUAUUUUAAGGGACAAGCGAGUUGAUACCUUUAAAUUCUUGUUUGAGUUCUUUAAAAAGGAUCACAAGUUAUUGGUUGAGCUGCUUGAAGUAGAUGAGGCUGAGACUCUAUACACAGCAGCCUACAAUUGUGCUUACUUUCCUGACCAAAUUGACAGUUUUGAUAGGAAAAUUAUUAAGGAUUUGGGAAGGAAGUACUUGAGUAAGGAUGAGUAUGAGAGGUUUGUGACUGGAAGGGAUCAAAAAGGAGUGAUUUUGUAUGGAUUGUAUGUGUUUAAUAGGCAGGAUGUAGGCAAGACUGGAGCUAGAAGAGUGUUUCAUGAUGAGUAUGAUUUAGAUGAAAAGAUCCUCAAAAAUGAGGACAAGAUUGUUGUUUUUAAGAAGAUUGUGAAGCUGUUGACCAAAAGUGAGGUUAAGGAGCUUCUAACCUCAAUAUCCAGUCCUAUAAACUAUAAAGAAUUCGACUUGAUUGUCCAUCCAAAAUUCUGGAAUAUUUCACAAAAGUUCUUAUCAGAACAAGACCAAAAACAGCAAAUAUCCAGCAUAUUCUACGGAUUAUCAAGGCACAAUGACCCAGCUCCUUACCUCCCGUCCUUGAUCUCUAAGACAGUCAACAUCCUAACACCUUCAGAAGUCCACAAACUCUUUAAAUCCAAGAACAUCCUCCACCGAUCAGUCCACAAUUUUGAACCAUUUUGGAACUUUUUCGUCAACCAGACAACAGCCGACCAACAAACAGACAUGCUGAACUUAGAAAUUGACGGGGAGUGCUUCUAUUACUAUCUUUACUCGCCCAACCAAAACUGUUACUUUUACCCGCCUUUUAAUAUCUUCCAUGUGACUCUAAUCAGCCAAUAUCCAAGCAGCUAUGACUCCUUACAAGCAUUUGAAUUUAUCAGGCAAAUUUAUGAGAAAUAUUUCGAUAAAUCUGAGAUGCAGGACAUGAUUCUCGAUUCUAAUGACUUUAUGCCUUACAUGAUCAGGUUGACACCAUUUGAGAGCUGCGAGCGGUUUGUAGAAUUUUUGAGGGAUUUAUUUAAAGGAAGUGAAGGAAAAUUGAAGGAAUUUCUGCUUAGAAGAAUUAAUCCGACUAGCUUUAAUAUUUUUGAAUAUUUGGACAACAUUGGGGUUGAGAAUAUUAGUAAGAAUGUUAAGUUGCUGUCCGAUAUGUUAGAUUACAUUGAUAAGUUGUAA